CAAGCAGCAGUCGGUCACAGCGGACACAUUCAUUGAUUGAUUGAUCUAGCGCCUCGCGGGGAGACGACGAAAGCGCAGGCAGCGUCGGAAGAGUGAUUUACAAAUAUCGGAGCGAGAGGCGUCGAAGGCCGCCAUGGCUUCUGCGAGGCUGCUCUUCUCCGUCCCUGCAGCUGCCGCAGCUCCGCAGCUGCAGAAGUCCGCUUCGAAGUCUGUGAAGUCUGUGACAUCUGUGAAGCUUGGCAGUAGCCGCAGCAGGGCGACGAGUUCUGCCCGCCGCAGCUGGACGAUCAGCGCCUGCGCCUCACCGGUGGCCCCCGAGGUCGAGAGGCCCGAGCAGAUCAAGGUCGUCAGCACCGACGAUGUACCCCCUGAGGCGGGGCCUCAGGUUGCACCCCCCGCCGCCUCGGAGAAGCCCGCCCCGCGAGGGGGUGUUAUCGAAGCCGACCCCCUGCGGCAUAUUCUCUUUCAAGCCUUCAAUUGGGAGUCUUGGAAGACUGAAUGCUGGUACGACAUCGUCAAGGAGAAAGUGGACGAGCUGGCCGACGCCGGCGUCACUGAUGUUUGGCUGCCACCGGCCAGCCAGUCUGUCGCCCCUCAAGGAUAUAUGCCGAGCAAGCUUUACGAUUUGAACUCGUCGCAGUACGGCAACGAGGAGAAGCUGAGGGAAUUGAUCGACGCGUUCCACGCGCGGGGAAUCAGGUGCAUUGCGGACAUCGUGGUGAACCAUCGCUGCGCCGAUCAGCAGGACGAGCGAGGAGUGUGGUGCUUGUUCGAGGGCGGCACGCCCGACGAGCGCCUGGACUGGGGCCCGUGGGCCAUCGCGCGAGACGACCCUUACUCGGACGGCACAGGCCAGCCCGACACCGGCGACGAUUUCGGCGCCGCGCCCGACAUCGAUCACACCAACGAACGCGUGCAGCGCGAGCUGAUUCAGUGGAUGAAGUGGCUCAAGAAAGAGGUCGGAUUCGACGGCUGGCGAUUCGACUUCGCCAAAGGAUUCGGCGGCGAGUUUGUGGCCGAGUACAUCAAAGGCACGAAGCCUCAGUUCUCCGUCGGGGAGCUGUGGACCACCAUGCGAUAUGGCGAUGGUCUCGAGUACAAUCAGGACGCCCAUCGCCAGGAGCUCGUGAACUGGGUCGACGCCACUGGCGGCUACUCGACGGCUUUCGAUUUCACCACCAAAGGCAUUCUGCAGCAAGCCGUGAACGGUGAGCUAUGGCGGCUGCGUGACCCCAACAGCAAGCCCCCCGGCAUGAUCGGCUACUGGCCUGAGAAAUCCGUCACAUUCAUCGACAACCAUGACACUGGGUCCACGCAGGGUCACUGGGCCUUUCCCAGCGACAAAGUCAUGCAAGGAUACGCCUACAUCUUGACUCAUCCCGGCACCCCAAAAAUCUUCUACGAUCACUAUUUUGACUGGAAGCUGAAAGACGAGCUGAAGGCUCUGAUCACCCUUCGCAAGCGGAAUGAUAUCAUAGCUAACAGCAAGGUGCAGAUUAUGGUGGCGGACGGUGAUUUGUACUUGGCCAAAAUCGAUGAUCAUGUUAUUGUCAAACUGGGCCCACGAUUUGAUUUGGGCGAGAGUACACCGAACGCCGAAGAAUAUUCCGUCGCUGCCUGUGGUAAGGAUUACUGCGUGUGGGAGAAGAAAGGUUAUGUCUCUCCAACCACGGAGGAGACAGCGCAGUCGUAGUCGUAGUUGCAGGGAAUGGUAGACGAUGUAAAAACACGAGGUGGAUAGAUUAGAACUCACAAUAUGCUAAUCUAUAUUUGGUCAUUAGUUUCCUUCCGCUUCACAUAGUAUUGCUCGGAUGGAGAAUUUGUAAAGAGAAUGAUAAAUCUAUCCAAAUUUGUAAAUCGAGUUAUUUAGAUAGUAGGAAAAUAUUUUUAAGCACAAAGACGGAAAGUAGUCUUACGCUCCGAAGAAUGAAUAGUAGCAAAAUUAUGGUUAUAGGUCUAGCGAGUAAAGGAUAGAAAGGAGAAUUUUUCUUUUCAUGUAAAAGGUGAAGACAAUUUUGUACUGAAUAUUUUGCACUAAAUCUAAUCUGCGAAGGCUUUGUUCUCAAUU